AAAAACAACAAAGUAGAGGAAAUUGUUUGCUUAUAACUGUUUACACAGCGCAUAUCACAAUAAAGGUUGACGCGAUAUGUUCUUUCAUCUUUGUUAUUGAAAUUAAACCUAAUCUACUUUGAAACUUUGCAUUCACUCAAAGGCACAAACUAUUUAGCCGCAAACAUAACAGAUGAAGAAAGCAGAAAGCUAUGGAAGUCUUCGGAAAGUUGAAACUUUUUCAACUAAUUUUACUGGGUUGCAGCGCUCUUGGUUUUCGCAACAAUCCUUCCGUUUUGUGGGAUUCAAACAACCCCAUAUUUCAAACCAACUAUUCGUUGGCCGUCCUGGCUAACAGCAAGAUCAAAAUUGUUUGCCCGAAUCCCGCGAUGAUCCCGAUUGCUAUCGAAGGGAGCAUUCGCUUGGAAGAGCUUUAUGAAAAUCUGUGGAUAGUGGACAAACAGGCUUAUGACACAUGCGCAGUAAACACCUCUAACUAUGGCAACAGAAUUCUGAUGAAAUGCGACACUCCUCUGAAGCUGCAAUACUUCAGUAUAAUCUUUCAGCGGUUCAGCGCCGUUGGUCCGGAUGGCUUGGAAUUUGAGCCUGGAAAGGAAUAUUUCUUCAUAGCUACCUCUAAUGGACAAAAGACGUCCCUGGAUCAAACCUCAGGUGGAAGAUGUGCCACUCAUAACAUGAGGAUUAAGUUCUAUGUCUGUAACGAUAAAAAUGGUAAGUGCUGUAUCGAUGGAGUAACGCCGGAUCAAAAACCACAAGAGUUUAUAGAAACACUGCAAAUCGCAACCAGACACUUAAGGAUCGGAACGUAGGCACUAAGUAUAGGAGAUGGUAAAUGGUAAAUGCGAGACUUGAAGAAGGCGAGACUAGCGUUUUUCUUUGCAAGCCCGAGACAUUUUGACUUUUUAAAUUGUGAGACCGACACCGCAAAGAGUUUUAAGUGCAAGUGCGAGGCGUUCAGAUCAGUUUUAAGAUGCCCACAUCAUUUAUAAAAACAAACAAACGAACAAAU